AUGUUCUUCAAGACUGGUCUUACCGCCGUUCUGCUCGGCGCUUCCGCCGCCAAUGCUCACAUGAUCAUGGCCAAGCCCGCUCCCUACGGCGCGGCCACCCUCAACAACUCGCCUUUGCUGGCCGAUGGCAGCGACUUCCCCUGCAAGCAGCGCAGCGGUGUCUACGAUGCCCCCGAUGAGGAGACCGUCGCCCAGAUCGGCCAGUCCAUGCCCCUGAGCUUCACCGGUACCGCUGUCCACGGUGGUGGUUCCUGCCAGGUCAGUCUGACCAAGGACCUCAAGCCCACCAAGGACUCCGAGUGGAUGGUCAUCAAGUCCAUCGAGGGCGGCUGCCCCGCCAACGUGGACGGCAACCUCCCCGAGGGCGGCGCCAGCCCCGAAAGCUCGCUGUCCUACAAGAUCCCCGAGGGUAUCGAAGAGGGCAAGUACACCCUCGCCUGGACCUGGUUCAACCGCGUCGGCAACCGUGAGAUGUACAUGAACUGCGCCCCCAUCACCGUCGAGGGCGGCAGCUCCUCCAAGCGCGAUGUCGAGGAGAAGCGCGACGUCGAGAAGCGCUCUACCAACUUCCCCUCCAUGUUCGUCGCCAACGUCAACGGCUGCACCACCAAGGAGAGCGUCGACAUCCGCUUCCCCAACCCCGGCGAGGACGUCGACCGUGUCGGCAGCGCCGGCAACCUCGCGUCCGAGGGCGACGACGCCUGCAGCGGCACUCCUUCCUUCGGCGGCGCUGGCACCAAGAAGGGCUCUUCCAGCUCCGGUGGUUCCAGCGGUGGCUCCUCCGACUCCGGCAGCGCUCCCGAGCCCACCAAGCCCAGCGGUGGUGCGACCGAGGCUCCCGCUCCUGGCGUCUUUGCUCCCACCGACCCUGCCACGAGCACCCCUACCGCCCCCACUGAGCCCGCCGAGCCCGCUCAGCCCGAGCCUUCCGCCACGACCCCUCCCGCCGAGGCCUCCUCCGAGGGCAGCCUCACCGGCGCCUGUGACGAAGAGGGCCUCUGGAACUGCAUCGACGGCUCCUCCUUCCAGCGCUGCGCCUCCGGCCAAUGGUCGGAAGUGCAGGCCAUGGCCGCCGGCACCCAGUGCCAGGCCGGGCAGACGCAGAACCUGUCCGUGACGGCCCUCAAGCCCCGGAUGCUCUCCGCGAUGCGUCACGCCCGACGUGCUCAUGGAGGCCACCACGCGUAA